UUCUCCAUGUCCAUCGCUGCCCUGAUCGGGUCUGCCUCUGCGAUGGCCGUUUUUAUUAUUUCAAGGCGAGUUCUGACAUCAGUUCUGGCAUUGGUCGAAUCAAGUGGCCCAUACCAGUACUACAUCGUAAGUCUUUCCUCGUCAUGUGACGCUAACGUCACAACAGGCCUCGACCCAUCAUACAAGAACCCCGCCGACACAAGCAGCACCAAGACGCCAAGCUUACCUUGGGCAGCACUUCCUUCUGGAACGGCCAGGCCAUGCACCAAACGGAACUGAUUCUCCAAAGAACGGCGGCAAUCAACAAGGGAACAGUGUUCUAUCACUUCAAUUUAAUGCAAAGCAACACGAAUUCCCCGUCCAUCUACCGAAAGCAUCAAAUCUGCUUCUUCGAGUCUCACUACACGGAGCCCAAAUCUGUAUUGAUUUCGGGAGAGAGCGGAACCAGCGAUCCAUUGUCGAUAUGGGAUAUUGGUGGGACCACGAAGUGGAGCACGAAUUGGACAGAUGUUGUUUGGCAUAAUGUUGCUUAUGAGAUCGGACGUCUUCUUGAUAACUUUGGGUUCUUAGUUGCUCUCUGGCACUCGGCAGGUUCGGACCCAUUGACUUUGACGGUUCCAGCCGUGAGCACGUCCGUCUCAUCGAAUGGCGUAGACUGGCAUUUGGGUGUUCUUGAACUCCCUGUUUCGGACCAGAAGGACUCUACGGAAGACUUCUUCUUUAGUGGAGUGCACAUUGAGAGUAGCUCGUUGACGAAAACGGUUACUGGGCCCGCAGGUGUAUCACGACCCUAGAGCUGGUGUUCUCAGUGGAAAACAGCUGUAUUGGGUGUGUGGUGUACGUCUAAAGAGAGAAGAAGGAGCGGGGAGCUCGAGAACUUAGAUACAGGGUGCCGCGCCAAGAGAUCAUGUGACGACACAACAAGGCGCAAGCCCUAGAAUCCGUCGAGAAACCACAUAAGUGAUUCUGUGAGAACAUUUGGGGAAUGUUCCGGUGAGUUGCCGCAAAAUGGGUAUCAAAGGAUCCAUCGAGAGCCAGAGCGAACAUUAGACUUGGAAGAUCUGAGGGAAAGGGGGUUCUCAUUCUGCUGUAUAUAUUCUUCAGGAGUACAUAUCUGCUGAGAUGUCAUGGAAUUUUCUAUUGUUCAUCCUCUUUACCUUAUGCCUUGCAUAUUAUAAAUU